AUGGCGACGGGCCCUAUCGCGCGGCAAGCGCUGCAGCAGACGCUCCUGAAGCCUAUUGACGAUCAAGCCGGCUGCGGGAUCAACAUUGCCACCACUGCCAAGCAGCAGCAGCAGCAGCAGCAGCAGCAGCAGCAGCAGCAGCAGCAGCAGCAGCAGCAGCAGCAGCAGCAGCAGCAGCAGCAGCAGCAGCAGCAGCAGCGAGAGGCCAUGCUUGUGCUUCAGACCCUCGAUCUGCCCCUCAGGACAACCCCAUUGCCCGGCGCGCGGAACCCUGCGUACCUGCGGCGAGGCAGCUUUCUGGAAUCGCUUGAGGGGGCGGCUGCUGAGAUGGUUUCCGCGCGCCGCCUCACUCCGCUGCGCCUGUUGGCCCUGGCAACCGAGAUAGCGGGCAAGGAUGCCCGCGCAAGCGCGCGGACCAUGGAUAAGAAGAAGCAAGCAGGCAGCAGCAGCAAGGACGGUGGCAGCUUCAGCGCUAUUGCAAAGUCAAAGCGCGCCAGCAUGGCCGGCGGCGGCGUGCACGAGGACGCGACAGCCUCACCGGCAGAGCCCGCACCCAUCAGCAGCCGCGACCUUCUGCCCCACUGGGUGCUGCAGCUUGACGCGCCCCGUGAGGAGUUGCUGCGGCGCACCAAGGGGCUCGCAGCUGCAGAGGAGGCUGCAAAUGCUGCGACAGCAGCCGCAACGGCGGCGGUGGCAGCAGCAGCAGCGGCUGCUGUGACAGCUGCGGCUCUGGCUAGCGGGACCAAGGGAGCGGCCACCGGCAGCGGUCAGCAGCAGGCAGUGGCGGCUUUGCGGGCGGCCAAGAAGCCUGGCCUGGCCGCAGGGGGCAGGGAAGCGGGCAGCACGGAAAUUGAAGUGCUGCGGCCAUCUCAUAACAAUGAGCGCGACUUCACGCGGCGAUAUGAUGCGUGGCGCGCCCUGGUGCAGGAGGAUGCUGCUGAGCUGGCGGCCAGGCGCUCUGCUGCCCUGGCAGCAGCCAGCAUCGUGGAGGGCCCCGAGUCCACGGCGGACGGCAGGCCGCGCGGUGGUGGCGGCUCCACACGCACACCAGGCACCAGCCGUGCUGCGACCCCCUCAACAAUGAGCGGCCCUGGGGCAACGGUGCAGGCAGCCACCGAUGAGGGGGACAGCAGCACAGCUCAUGCGCCUGCGGUGCAGCUGCAGCCCUUGACAGCGGCCGACAUCACCCUGCCAGAGCACGGCGGUUUCCCCGCAUUCUUUGUGGAGGCCGGGUGCAGCUUUGUGGCGCUGGACAACCCCUGCGACGAGGCACUAGCGGUGCUGCCGCAGCCUUGGGCUCCAGAGGGAGCGGCAGCAGCACACCGGCCAGACCAGCUGCUGCUGCCGCUGCCGACUCUCGAGCAGCGCCUGCACGAGCUGAUUGGCCUGCCUCACAAUUAUGAUGGGUUUCCGCCAGAACUUGAUGGGGGCCUGGCUUCUGUGACCGCCGCAGUGGCGGUGGCGGAGGAGGCACGUGUGGCGGCAGCGGCAGCGGCGGCGGCGGCGGCAGAGGCAGCAAGAGUUGCUGAGCAGGACAAGGAGCAGAGGUGCCAGCAGGAGCGCACUGCAAGAGAGCAGCGCCAGCGCCGCGAGGCGCGAACGGCAGCGGGCGCAGGUCCCCUGCGGCGCUACCUGCUGCAGAUGGUGAUGCCGACUGUCACAGCUGGGUUGACACAGUGCGUGGUGGACCAGCCGCCAGACCCUGUCCAGGUCCUGGCCAGGCGGCUGCUGGAGGCAGCGGACGCGCUGGAUUCGCGCCACCGCGACCCCUAUGACGACGACGCCUAUGCAGAGGCUGAGGCCAAGGUGGUGGCAAAGAGGGCCCGCGAUGCUGCACGCGCAGAGGCGGCACGCCUGAAGGCAGAGAGGGAGUCGGCGGCAAGGGCACUGGAGGAGAAGGCACGAGAGGCGCAAGCAGCGGCAGAAGAAGCUCGCGCUGCGGCACCACCCGCCGGCAGCCUGCAGCAGCAGGGGUUGCCUGCUCCGCCAGCGACAGUGCCUCCACCCGAGCAUGGCGGUGGCAAACAAAGCCGCAAGGGCAAGUAA